AUGCAAUACCUCCGCCAGAUGACCUCGCGGGAAAUCCGAGAGGCCUUGUCCAUCCGGGGCAUGGACACCACGGGCACCAGGCCGGUCAUAACAGCUAGGCUUCAAGCCAAGCUUUUGGAGGACGACAAGCAAUACCCACCCGUGCAGGAGGAGAUGCGCCGUGUGGUUACUGUUGAGGCCGCGCUGGUCAAUGGCCAGCGCGACUUUGAUACCUUGACUCUCCGUGUUCCCGUUGUCGGUAGCUCCUUCGACGACUAUGCUAUCGUUCUCAAUGAGAAACGCACCAACAUCGAUUACAAGAGAGACAUAAUCAACUUCCCUAGCGGUGUCGGUCCCAUGUUCCAAGCCAUGGACCGUGAUCUUUUGCAGUUCAACAAGAUCGAAAGCAUCAUGGUGGAAGAUAUCUCGUUUGCCGACUUCGUCCUGGAAGAUAGGGUUGAGGCCCGUUACCGCGACCUCCUUUCCGAGCUCUUCAAAUCCCUUACCAAUCUCAAGGAGAUUAUUGUAUUUACUGAAGGACGCCCUCGGACUCACGAUGAAGCAUAUGGUGAAUUUAGCAAGUCGUACCGUGGCUACUCCAUCGAUGACCUGGAUGCCCAGGACCAUCUGUCCGAGGACCCGGUUCACUGGAUCGUCAAGUACUUUGCAAAGGAUGUGUACACGGUGAUGCCCGGGGGAACCUGUGGGACGGAUCUGGAUGUCCUUCUGGACAGCUACGCUCAAGAGACCGGUACGGAGGAGCUGCACAAAGAUGUCCAAAGUACCGGCCCGGCGACAGUGCAAAUACUAACAUUGGCCCUUAGGGAUGCAGAUGCUAAGGCUGGCGAGGCUAUCAUGCCGGACUCAGCAGCUCUUCGCACAGAAAAUCUAAGAGGACCUGUUGGCUUUGCCUUGCGCUUUGCAGACUGCAUCACAGUAGAUCCAUACAAGGCCGAAUACAUGCCAUGUCCUGCUGGGAGUUGGUGUUACGGCAAUGGAAAGAAUGAGCUAUUUCGUGGCCUGGACGAGUCCAUAUCGAAGGCGGGUUGCGGCGACGAGCAUGGGGAAUCUAUGGGUUUAGGGAAGCGGCAGUAG